UCUACGGGACGGAUCACCAGUCUUCGUCCAGGAUCUUCGUUUACACGCAACGAAAAAACAACUUUGUUCCAAUCUCCAUAUACAUAUAUUCCUCUAUUCCUCUCGAAAAUCAUGAUUCGGCAAACUUGUCUAAUUCUGCCCCUCGCCCUCCUCCUCACCGUCGUUUGGACUUUUCCUCAACAGCCCAAGUCAAGGAGGCCGAUCCCUCAGUUCAAGAACAAGACCGGGGGCUUGGAACUACCCGACAACGCCACGCUGAUCCGGGAGAAUAUCGUCGACAAUUUCUCCUGUCAAGAUAGAAUUUACGGAUACUACGCAGACAUGGAGAACGAUUGUCAAAUUUUCCACGUUUGCAUGCCACAGAUCAGGGGUUCGACCAGGUGGAGCUUCAUCUGCCCCGCGGAGACGGUAUUCAAUCAAGCGACGUUCGUUUGCACGAAAACGGAAAACUCAAUACCGUGCGAGGAGUCUGAGAAAUUCUACAACUUGAACGAGGCGAUUGGCAAGGAGGUGGAGGAAGAGGAAAACGACACGGAGGAGCGGCCUGCGAAGGAAUCGGACGCGGAACCGAUUUCGAGCAGACCUCCAACGUCCAGGACGUCGAGGAUCUCGAAGAAAAUAUCACGGGAUCAGUGAUCUCUUGCGAUCGUUGAGAAAUGCGGCUGUUUGUAUAUGUGUGUGUAUGUGUGCGUGUGGGUGGAAGAGAUCGAAUUUGCGAAGAACUUUUGAAAGAAAGAAAAAGGAAAAAACAAGAUUAAUUACGCUUGCUCGACGAAAAGCAAAGAAUAAGUUAGUAUUUAAGUAUUGAUAUUUAAAUGUAGAAUAAAAAUUAUAUCGAAAUGUACAUUUGAAUUGUUAAAAAGAUAUAUAUAUAUAUAUGUAUAUUUGUAGAUUGGCGAAAGCGCACAGAAAAUAAAGGGAUUAGUAGUCUCUGCAACAAAUUUUAUUGCGUGUACAAUGAUACGAGUUAAUUAAUUAAUACUGCUACUUCGGUAUUCGGUAAUUAAGCAAUCACACGUAUAAAGAAGUUUACACAAAUGUCCCAAGCCUAGAACGAAACGGAAAGUGCGACGACGGUGCAAAAGAUGAAUGCGAUUAAAAGCAAAAAAAGAAAAAAAAAAAAAAAAAAAAA